UGAAUAUAAUUCAAUAUUUGAAUACGGGACAAGAGAAAAUAUAUAAAAAAGGGAAAAUAAGAUUGGUUUAUUUUAAAUUUAAUUUAUUGAUUUAGAUUUGGAAGAAUAAAGGGAUAAGGUUUAAAUAUAAAUACUAUAAAAAAAAUAUAAUUCUGUUUUUAAAAAUCUUUUCGCUAAAUAUUCCAAUUCGGGAUUCAGUUCCAGUUUUGUAAAUAAAAAUGUUAACAAUUUUGAUAUGCUUAAGGAUAAAUUUUCUAUUAUUAGUGUUCCUGAGAUAUAUAAAUUAAUAAAAGAUUAUGAUUUUGAUGCUUUUUUAUCAAAAGAUGAACAUAAAAGUUUAGUUAGAGUAGUUGUUUUGGAAGAAGAUAGAAAAAAAAAUUAAUGUAUUUUAGACGAUUAAUCUGAAUAAUAAAAGAAAAACAAUUAAUUAAUAUAAAAUCGAAAUUCGUAAAUUAAAUAAUAAAAUCUUUUUUUAAAAAUAGUAAUUAAAAAUAAUUAAAUUAUGAAUCAUGUGAACUUAAAGAUAUUUAGUCUCUUUAAUUUGAAUAGUUUCUUUCUUAUUUAACUUAACUUUCAUUUUAUAUAUAUUCUAAACCAAAUAAAGAUCUCAGACACCUUCCUUUAAGUUUUUCUUUUUAAGCUUUAAUUGACCAUAUGAGAUAAUCUGCAUUUUCAAAAGGAUAAAAUACAAUUCUUUUCGAUGAUCCUGAAUAAUGUAGAGUGAAUAAUGAAGUAAUAAAAGAACUAAAUAAAAAAUUGGAAGAAAAUCCUUAAUAUCCUUUACCUUAGGGAUAUGUAAGAGUAAAGGAAAAAUAAAUUUAUGAGGAAUUUAUAUUUGAUAAAGAUGGAGAAUUAGCUAUAAAAGAAUCUUAAAAAUAUGCUUAUGUAGUUUUAAAUGAAAUUUUCUAUGGAAAAUUAGGUUUUUAAUUUUUUUAAGGAAAAACUGUAAUUAAAGAAGUAUAUAAAGCAUAAGCUAUAAUUCCAGGAGCUGUAAUUUAACCUAAAAGUUAAAUACAAGUAAUAUUGAGGAUAGUAGAAAAAUUUAGAAAAAAAGAGUACUGGAAAUUGAACCGUUUAAAAAAUUAAAUUCAUGCAUGCAGUUAUUAAUAACUUCUUUUAAUUAUAAAGACAGAAAUAUUGCAGAAUAAUGUGCAGGUGUUUUAGAUGAUAUUAUUCUUACUAUUUAAGACAAAAAAGAUACUUUUGUUAGAUACAAAAAAUAUAAGAAUUAAAUAGAAAUAUAGAAAAUGUAAAAAGAUUAAGAAGAAAAUAAAGAAAAAAAAAGAAAAGACAAAUUUAAUUAAUAGAAUUAAUAGUAUCUUUUAGAUAGAAAAUAAGAGCUUUAAUAAGAUAAACAUAAAAAUAUUUAAUAAUAAUUAGAUUUUUAAAAAUUACAAAAACAAAAAUCUGAUUAAAAAGUUGAAAAAAAGAAUUAAGAAUUUAUAAAUUUUUGGAAACAAAAAUAAAUUGAAAAUUAAUAAAAAAAGAAAGAAAAAGAAGACGAAUAAUAAAAAAUAAAUAAAGAAUUACAAUAAAAAGAAUCUUAAUAAUUAUUAAAGAAAAAAUAAGAUUUCGAAUAAUUCAAUACUUAGUAAAUUAAAAAAAUAGAUGAAGAAAUGUCCAAAUUAUAAAUAACAAAAAAAGAAACUGAAUAAAACGAGUAAAAGAAAAAAUAAUUAGAAAUAGAUCAGAGAGAGAAAUUAGAAGCAAAAGUAAAAGAAUAGUUUAAAUAUAUUAAAGAAAAGGAAAAUUAUAAUAAUAAUAAAACUGAAUAAUUAUAUGAAUCUUAAGAAAUAUAAAAUGUUUUUAAUAAAAAUAAAAAUAAAAUUUCUGAAUUAUUUGAAUGUCUUAAAAAAUUGGCUUAUAGGGACCUUAAUAAUUAAUUAAAUCCAUAAGAAAUUUCAUUUAAAACUUUUCAUUGGUUUUGUCAUAAGUUUGCAUUUUUUCCAGAAAUUAUUUAAAAAAAAGAAGAAAUAUAAAUUAUUUUUAAUUAAGUUGUUAGAAAAAAAUAAGCGCCUUAAGGUCAAUUUUAAUUUGGAAUUAAUGAUAAGGAAUUCUAAUAAUGUCUACUUAGACUUGCUAUUAAAGGAUAAAAUGUAUUAAAUGUUAUUUCAGCUUAAUUGAAUAAUGGAGUUAAUCUCACUAAUGCUUAAAUGCAUAAUAUUGCUGAAGAAGAAGAAUUCAUAUAAUAAUAAUAAUAAUAAUAAUAAUAAUAAUAAUAAUAAUAAUAAUAAUAAUAAUAAUAAUAAUAAUAAUAAGAGUAAUAAAAAUAAGUUUAAGAAGAGUCUGAACAUAUAAAUGCUACUAAUUAUAAAACAUUAGAAGCUUUAAUUUAUUAUUUAGGUCUUCCAAAUGAUAGAAUGGGAAUUUAAGAAGCAUUUAAAACUGCUUAGGAAGCUGAUAGAUCGAUACCUUAAAAAAAUUAAAGAAAUGGAAUUUCUUUUACUUUUGAUGGAUAAUUUAUGGCUUUAGUUGAAAGAAAAGAAAUGAAAGAUUAUAUUGGAAUUUAUUAUACAUUAGAUUGGAAAUUAUUAAGUCAUUUCUAAACUGAAAAUUUCGAUAUUUAUGAUAUUAUGUGGGCAGUUGAUGAUAAUUAUAUUUCUACUUGGGAUACUUAUUUAAAUAUAUAAGCAUUUGUAUGUGAUCCAGUAGUAAAAGAUGGAUUAUAAAAAUAUAUUAUGUACACAGUAAAAGGAGAAGAUUAAAAAGGUGUUUUUGAUAUUUAGAGAAGGUUUAGUGAUUUUUAUCAUUUAAGAAAAUAAUUAGUUGCAAGAUGGCCUGCAUGUUAUAUUCCACCUCUUCCAUCUAAAAAAACUGUAGGAAAUAUGGAUAAUGCUUUUGUUGAAGAUAGAAGACAUUAAUUAGAAGUAUUUACUUAAAAAAUUGCUUAAACAUUACAUUUAUGGGAAUCAGGUGAAUUCUAAAUAUUUAUAAGAAAUUAAUAAACUGAUUUAGAAAAAGCUUUUAAGUCAUUAUAACCCUAAGGUAAUCAAGAAAUUAUUGAAAAAUACUAAAACAGUUUUAAGUAUUUAAAUGGUAAGGAAAUUAACAGUUCUAUUGAGUUCAAAAUUGAUAAUUUUUACACAUAUCUUAAAAGAGUUAAUUCUAUGUUAGAAAACUAUAAAGACAUUGCAAAAAAUUUAUAAACAAGUAGAUUUAGUGAAGGAGAAAAUGUUAAUAGCUUCUUAAGUUUUUUAAUGCCAGAAUACGAAAAUAAUUGUUUAAAAGAAUAUGUUGGAAAUGAUUAAAAAUUUAUCUUUAGUUAGUAAAAUGAUUAACAAUUAUAAACUUUAAUUUAAUAAAUUAAAGAACUUCAUAAUAGAAAUGAAUUUAAAUCACUUUAUGAAAUGAUUAGAUAAGAAUCUAAAGAAAUAAAUGCGUUUAUAGAAGCCUUAGAAGGAAGAUAAUAAUUUAAAUAAUUUAAAGAAAAAUUAGAAAAUAAAUUAAAAGAUUUAAAGCUUGAAUAAUAAAAAACUAUGGCUGGUAAAAGUAGUAUUAAAAAUAUUUUCUCUAAUAAAACUAAAGAAGAAAGUGUUUAAUUAAUUUAAAUUGAUAUUGAUAAUAAUGAAAAUGAUUUUAAAUAAAUUUCAUUUAUUUAUGAUAUUAUGACAGUUAUAUUAGGAUAUGAAGAAAUCGAUAAAUUUAAAGUUGAAAAAGAAUAAACCUUUUUCAAAACUCUAAGAUAAAUUUCUAGCUAUGAAAUUGAAUUUACAAAAUUAAAAACAUAACUUUGGGAAUACAUUCUUAAUAAUGUUAAUUAAUAUUAAUAAUGAAAAAGAUAAAAAAUUAUUUUUUAUUAAUUUUUAAUAUUUUAUUUAAAAAUUUAGUUUUUUUUUUUUUUAAACUAAAUAUAUAUUAUAUUAUUAAAAUUAAAAUC